AUGGGCAACGAAGCGUCCAAGUCCCGUGGCACGGCGCCGCCAAGUGAUAAAGCCUGCCAGGGCCCACAGUUGGAGGCGACAGUCAACUCUGGCGAUGCUACAGCACCUACCGCGAAGGCGUCCUCUGACAAAGCCAACAAGGCGAUAAAUGUUGCCAGCCCUCUCUCCCCAGUCGGCGCCCUGGCACAGGCGGUACCACCAAGCACCUCGAGCAACCCUGCGGCAGCUCCCACCUGCCUCAUAGCGCGGUCGGCCGAGACGUCGCCACUGAAGUCGACGAGUGGUGCGAUAGACACCUUCGGCUCGUCAGUACCGUGCUACGUGGAUGCCAAGAGCAUGGUGUACACGCUUCCCUGCUUUGUCGCGGAGAACUGCCUGAACAGCACGACAAGCGGCGGUGCUGGUUCACGGAGUCAGCCAAUCGCGAUGCGGACGGCUGCCUCACAGCCGAUGCUGAUUACCUCUUUCGGCAGCGACUUACGUCUGGGUGCCCCAUCCUCGCCGCUUUCCCCAUCCCGCCGGCACUUCCCCGGCGCGAAUGGGUCGAACCUCAUCGCCAUCCCGACAUACAACCCAAACACCCCCACCGCGGUGGAGGAUCUCUCCAGAAGCUCACCAGUGCUCAAAUCGUACCGACAGCACUCCUUCUCCCACUCAAAGCGCGAUUCAUGUAUGGACAAUUCCCCCACCACCCCAUGCAUGGCCGCCCACAGCUUCUCAUCCUUCAACUUCAGAACGGCAGAUGCUCUGGGGACGAUGAGCAUGGCUAACUCGUUCUCGUCUGAAUCUCGCAGCAGCUCGUCCAGCAAGGCGAUCCACACAAAGUUCCUCGAGAUCACCGGGCACCCGCUGGGCUUGGAGAACUACGGCAGCACCUGCUACUGCAACUCAGUUAUUCAGCUUAUCUACCAUUGCACCCCACUGCGACUGCGACUGCUCGAGCUGCACCGCGUCUACCUCACGAAGAAGGGAAAGUCCGGCUUCGAGGAGGAUACUGUGCUCUUCCAACUCUGCAACCUCAUCGCUGUUAUGCACAAGUCCAAUAACCGCACCAAGGGCAAGUACCCGCGCGAGAAGAUCGCAACCAAAGACCUGCUGAGCUGCGUGCGCGCAAAGAACAAGGUCUUCGACAACGACAUGCAGCAGGACGCACACGAGUUCACCAUGUUUCUGCUGAACGACAUCUGGGACACAGAGCAGCGCAUCAUGGCCGACCCCGCUAACGUGAACCUCUUCCUCCAAUACGAGGCCUCGAUGAAGAAGAAGGGCUUGUCAUCCUUCUCCUGGAAGCACAGCAAGGAUAAAUCGAUCAGUAGCCACAGCCAGAAGGGAAGCAAGCUCUACAAGACGUCCUUGGCAGCAGCCACGAACAGCAACGCCGCCACGGACGGCGAUAAGAUGGUGGGUAUUCAGAAGCCCUUCAGCGGGGAGCUUACCCCUCUCCAGGUAAUCCUACAAGGCCAGUUUGGCUCUCUCACCGCCUGCCUCGAGUGUGAGAACGUGACCGCCCGAGAUGAGGUCUUCAUGGACCUCAGUCUCGAGACGGAACAGGGGUCGUCCCUCCUCCGCUGCCUCGACCACUUUGGUGACCCCGAGUACUUCUGGGGAAAUAACAAGCUGCGCUGCGAGGAGUGCAAGAUGGCGGUGCGCGCUGCCAAGACCAUUCACGUCCAGCGGCUGCCGCAGUACGCGCUCCUCAUUCACCUCAAGCGGUUCCAGUACGACGUGAAGAAGCAAAUCUUCACAAAGAAGGCGGACCACGUCGCGCUGCCGAUGCAGAUGGACGUGGCCGAGUACCUGACGGACUCGGAGGUGAUUGAGCAGACCCUGCGCAACGAGCAGGCGCGCAGGCAGAAAAACGGCAGCGAUGACGCGGGCAACAACGACAACAGCCGCCGAAAGGAAGACGGGACAACCGCAGACUCAUCGCCGGACACAUUCAAGCCAGCCUCGGAGGAAGUGCGCCGCAAGCUUCGCGGCAUCGCCCGCCACAAGGCGCGCUUCGAGCUGACUGGCUUCGUCGCCCACAUCGGCGAGGGACCGAACUCUGGGCACUACUUUACAUGUGUCCGCUACGGUCCUCAGUUGUGGCGCCGCUUCGACGACGAGACUGUGUCGACGAUGGUCGAGCGGGAUGUGAAACAGUACUUCGGUGUUCCAUCCGACGCCGUCGGCGUGGUCACGGCGACAGCGUACAUCCUGCUCUACGAGCGGGUUGCCUAG